UUUAUCGGGACAUGGACUCUACAAGGUGUCGAAAGUCUUCCACAGGGAUGCUCGCCCAUGUUGACUCCAUUGCUUCCCACAGUUGUGUCCAGUUGGCUGGAUGACCUUUGGGUGGUGGACCAUUCUUGAUACACACGGGAAAAUGUUGAGCGUGAAAAACCCAGCAGCGAUGCAGUUCUUAAUACAAACUUGUGUUCCUGGCAUCUACUACAAUAGCCCGUUCAUAGGCACUUAAAUAUUUUGUCUUGCCCAUUCACCCUCUGAAUGGCACACAUACACAAUCCAUAGCUCAAUUGUCUCGAGGCAUAAAAAUCCUUCUUUAACCUGUCUCCUCCCCUUCAUCUACACGGAUUUAAGUGGAUUUAACAGGUGACAUCAAUAAGGGAUCAUAGCGUUCACCCGGAUUCACCUGGUCAAUCUAUGUCAUGGAAAUAGCAGGUGUUCUUAAUGUUUUGUACACUCAGUGUAUACAGUGCCUCCGGAUAGUAUUUAGACCCCUUGACUUUUUCCACAUUUUGUUAGGUUACAGCCUUAUUCUAAAAUUGAUUAAAUAAAUAAACAUCCUCAUCAAUGUACACACAAUAAAAAAUGGAAAUAUCACAUUUACAUAAGUAUUCAGACCCUUUACUCAGUACUUUGUUGAAGCACCUUGGGCAGCCUUGAGUCUUCUUGGGUAUGACGCUACAAGCUUGGCACACCUGUAUUUGGGGAGUUUCUCCCAUUUUUCUCUUCAGAUCCUUUCAAGCUCUGUCAGGUUGGAAGGGGAGUGUUGCUGCACAGCUAUUUUCAGGUCUCUCUAGAGAUGUUCGAUCAGGUUCAAGUCCGGCCUCUGGCUGGGCCACUCAAGGAUAUUCAAACUUGUCCCAAUGCUACUCCUGUGUUGUCUUGGCUGUUUGCUUAGGGUCGUUGUCCUGUUGGAAGGUGAACCUUCGCCCCAGUCUGAGGUCCUGAGUGCUCUGGAGCAGGUUUUCAUCAAGGAUCCCUCUGUACUUUGCUCCAUUAAUCUUUGCCUCGAUCCUGACUAGUCUUGUUGUGCAAAAUAACCACUAUACUUUAUUACAAAUAAGGUCUUACAGAGUGUUAGUGGGAUCAAUAAUGUCAACAUAGUCAGGCCAACCUGCAGAUUUGCCCCGUCUCUCUCUCUCCCUCGUUUCCUUUCUUCCACCCUAGGUUCAAAUCCCUCCCUCCUUAGUUUCCCGCUCUUUAUCACUCCACACCCACUUCCUUUGUCCCUGAGGACGGCUGAACUAUUACUCCAACCAAUCACUAACUCCCCUGUCUUGCACACACACUCAUGUUUAGUCUCAAUAUGACAAGGCCCUAAAUUCUUGACACACACCCCACCCCAAUCAAGAAGAUACCAAGGAGACCAAGGUCUAGCCCAAACUCCAUUCAACCCUGGUGCCGCUCUCUUCACAAUGUUUGAAGAGAGAGACAAAAGGCAGCCAUGGAUUUAAGUAAGAGCAAGCACUUUGACCCUAGGGCAGUUUUCCUCUCUACUCCCCCACACACACAGUGAAAUGCCCCAAUAAAAUUCCUAGCCCAGUAACAAACAAUUCUAACUCAAUGUUCGUGAUUAACCCAGUUCUAUCUUCUAAUUUAUUAAAGAAUAUACAUCAGUCUCCCAGUCCCUGCCGCUGAAAAACACCCCCACGGCAUGAUGCUGCCACCACCAUGCUUCACCGUAGGGAUGGUGCCAGGUUUCCUCCAGACGUGACGCUUGGCAUUCAGGCCAAAGAGUUUAAUCUUGGUUUCUUCAGACCAGAUAAUCUUGUUUCUCAUGGUCUGAGUCUUUAGGUGCCUUUUGGCAAACUCCAAGCGGGCCGUCAUGUGCCUUUUACUGAGGAUUGGCUUUCAUCUGGCAACUCGACUAUAAAGGCCAGAUUGGUGGAGUGCUGCAGAGAUGGUUGUUCUUCUGUAAGGUUCUCCCAUCUCCACAGAGGAACUCUAGAGCUCUGUCAGAGUGACCAUCGGGUAAUUGGUCACCUCCCUGACCAAGGCCCUUCUCCCCCAAUUGCUCAGUUUGGCCGGGCGGCCAGCUCUUGAAAGAGUCUUGGUGGUUCCAAACUUCUUCAAUUUAUGAAUGAUGGAGGCCACUGUGUUCUUGGGAACCUUCAAUGCUGCAGACAUUUUUUGGUACCCUUCCCCAGAUCUGUGCCUUGACACAAUCCUGUCUCGGAGCUCUACGGACAAUUCCUUCAACCUCAUAGCUUUGUUUUUGCUCUGACAUGAACUGUCAACUGUGGGACCUUAUAUAGACAGGUGUGUGCCUUUCCAAAUCAUGUCCAAUCAAUUGAAUGUACCACAGGUGGACUCCAAUCAAGUUGUAGAAACAUCUCAAGGAUGAUCAAUGGAAACAGGAUGCACCUGAGCUCAAUUUUGAGUCUCAUAGCAAAGGGUCUGAAUAUUUAUGUAAAUAAGGUACUUCUGUUUUUUAAAAUAUCUAAAAACCUGUUUUCACUUUGUCAUUAUUGGGUAUUGUGUGUAGAUUGAUGAGGAUGUUUAUUUAUUUAAUCCAUUUUAGAAUAAGGCUGUAACGUAACAAAAUGUGGAAGAAGUCAAGAGGUCUGAAUACCUUCCGAAGGCACUGUAGGUGUAUAUUGAACCUAAAUGAGCUAACAGGCCUUUAAUCGGUGUUCACAUACAGAAUAAUGCCUUGUAUUUGACAAUGGAUCCUUUUAAAGAGAAUCUACAUCCUGUUUGUUUCAGGCUCUUCCACUGACACCAUGGCCAUCUCAGCCGAGGUGUGCUGCCUGGAGCUGGCCCAGCACAAAAGACUCCUCUUCUGCGGCCUCAAGACGGGCACGGUCCUCAUCUACCCCCUGGCUUUCCCCCAGGAGACCGUCUGCAUCCCUCCUCCUGAGACCCUACCCAUCGGCGGCCAGGAAAAGUGCAUUGCGGUGGCAUAUGAGGACUCGGUGUGUCUGUUCGAGAUCACAGCCCAGGACAGUUUCCCCUGCGUUGAGGGGCCCUUCGAAAGGUUCCCCCUCUCCCUGCUACACUCGCCCGUCUCCUCCAUGGCCUUGCUCCGAGACUGUAGGCUGCUGUAUAGGACGGCCUGCGGGGAGGUCUGUAGCAUGAUGGACUACAUUACCCAUAGUGCUCUGUAGGCCUACAACAUAUCUGGUUUUAACUUGGUAAAGAUGUUACAGAAGCUAAAGUAAUGGUGUCCCAUCUCCUUUUUAAAACAAGGUAAUUCUCUACGACUUCAAAUCCACCUCAGCCACCACCCUGGAGGGCCACCGCAGCAGGGUCACCUGUGUGACGGACAGCAACUGGGGGACGCAUGCCCUGGUGGGCUCGGAGGAUUCCGUGCAGAGGCUGUGGGGGCUGACCCCCCUGGUGCUGGAUCACACAAUGGAGUACAAGGUCAGAGGUUAAAGCUCACCGGUCUAUGUGUUUAUCACCGUACUGUGGUUCUUUCUCUAGUCAGUGAGAAUCUGAAAUGACACCCGAUAUAGUGAACUACUUGCACUACUGGGGUGUCAUUCAGACACACAUCCGAUUGUACUUUUUGAAAUACAGGGCUCCAUCUUUUGAAGGUGUUCUCUGUGCACUUUCUCUGAGAGUGAUAAGUACGUCUUCACUGGGUCCUAGGAUAGAACCAUUAAAGUCUGGGAUGUUGCCAGUGGUACGUGCUCUCAUCUACAUUGCCUUAUUUAAGUUUUAGGACAAUUGUAGAUUUUGUUUACUACUAUUACGAAACAAUGUUGUUCGCUACUAUUUUCAAACCAUAGAUCAAACCUACAUUAUACACAAAUUGGCAAAUGCCAAUAAAUAUGUUAACCUUUCCGAUACAAGUUGAAUAUCACACAUAUUCUGUAUCCCUUUUAUGUCCCAGGGAGUCUGUUAUUCGUCCAGUACGUCUGUGCUCCUGUCACCAAAAUGUUGACCUACAAGAAUGGCUUCGUGGCCAUCUCAGCUGGGCUACGUCAUCAAGGAAGGAUUUUGCUGUCCGGAUAACGUUAGUCCGGAAUACAUCCCACUCUGGAAUGUCAAGGCACAGUACAGGGUCACGUCGCGGGAGAAGAGUGCAGACAGCCCUCACACCGUCAUCACAGAGAUCUCAGAGUACAAUCCUGCUCAGUUUAACUUCAUGGGCCUGAUGCUCAAGACCAAACCCUCUCAUUCAUGUCAACUGUUGUAA